UGUAACAUUAAAAGAUAAGGAAAGUACACUGAAAAAUAAAUUAGAAACAGAUUUGAUAACAAAAUUAGAUAAUUUAUUAGGACAAAAGGAUACCCUCAUACCGGAAAACAAACGUGCAUGGAAACAAAAAUUAGAAAAAGAAUUUAAGUUAAUAUUAAAUAAUAGGUUCACUGAAAAAGAAAAGGAAUUACAAAAGAUAAAAGAAAUAACUGAAGAAUUAAAUGAAUUAAUACCCCAAAUGAUUGAAACAGGAUUAAAAGGAAAAGAUGCAGAUAUGCUAAAAGAUACAAACUUGAAGUAUACAAUGGAAGAUGAUUUGAUAAAAAAAAUAGAUACAUUAAUAGAAGAUAGCAAUAAAAUACUAAGGGAAAAUAAGGGAAGAUGGCAAGAACAAUUGAAGUCACAAUUUAAACCUAAAUUACUUAGCGAGUUUGACAAAAAAGAAAAGGAAUUACAAAGAAUAAAAGAAAUAAAACAAAAAUUAGAUGACAAUGUCCACACCAUAAUUGAAGAAGAAUUAAAGGAUAAAGACGAAGAGACAUUAAAAAUUAAGGAGCAGGCACUUAAAUAUAAUAUUGAAACUAUUUUGAAAAAAUCUAUAGAUGACCUAACAAAUGAAAAUGAUAAUAUUAUCGAUAGAAAUAAGAACACAUAAAAAAAUAAACUGGAAGAAGAAUAUAUUGAUAUAUUAGGAGAGAAAUUUAGAGAAAGAUUAAGUCAAAUAUUGACGAAACUAAAGGAAGAAAGAGAAAAAGAAGAAGAAAUUAAAAGGCAAAAGGCUGAGGAAGAAAGAUUGAAAGAAGAAGCAAUUAAAAGGCAAAAGGCUGAGGAAGAAAGAUUGAAAGAAGAAG